AUCCGGGGUGCUGCGGGGACCCAACCCGCUAAGGGCCGGUCUCUCUGCGAAGCGGCUGCGUCUGAGCCCCGGAGGUCCGGGGCCGACUCGGGUUGGGGUUGUCGCCCUGUGACCUCGGCCAGGAUAACCCCCUGCCAAGCUCCUGUCUUGCCUGCGAGUGCCGCCUGGUCCUUGCGAGCACCGUCGCGGCAGGAGGCCCAGAGCUGCGCCCGCCUGCUCGAAAGGCCGUGGAAGGGGUUAGGGUGGGCGCAUCUUGGCUCACCCCAUCCGGAUUUGGGUGAGGAGUCGGUGCUGCCUUUCAGCGUGCCUCACUCUGCUGAGUGUCAGGAGUGAGGGCUCUGAAAAUCUGGAGAUGCCAAGAUCUCAAGAUUCACGGAAGAGCACCAGGAUGGGCACCCCAGCCUCUGUGGUGAGUGAGCCACCUCCUUGGCAAGCCCCAACUGAGGCCCGGGGCCGCAAAAAGGCCUCAGCCAACAUCUUCCAGGACGCUGAACUGCUGCAGAUCCAGGGCCUGUUUCAGCGCAGCGGGGACCAGCUGGCUGAGGAACGUGCACAGAUCAUCUGGGAGUGUGCUGGGGACCACCGCGUAGCAGAGGCCUUGAGGAAGCUGCGCAGGAAGAGGCCCCCGAGACAGAAGCCUCUGGGCCACUCUGUCCACCACUGUAGCCGACUGAAAGGCCCAGAACCCUGUACUCCACUGGCUGACCCACAGGGCAGCGCCACAGAGAUGGCUCCCAGUGACCAGUAUCUGGACUCUAGAAGGGCAAGUGCCAGGAUCCGUCAGAACUGGAGGAAGCCAGGCCCCACAAGCUACCUCCAUCAGAUCAGACACUGAUUCAGGGAAGUGGCUCGGAGCGGCAGUAUAUUCCCCAGGAAUCACAGGGAUUUUUGCCAAAGGGUCUGGGAGGCAAAGAAGAAAGAUGGAGGCGUAAAUCAAAGACUGCUGCUACUGGCUUGUAAUGAACAGCACUGGAGGCUUCCCUGGAGCAGUGUAUUGUGUGGAACCCAUUCUUCAUCCAAAUAAGAAACCGCCUCUGCUCCUGCUCAGCCUUUCCCAAUCUAACACUAUAGCUGUGCUGCAUGACCUUCCCCCUGGAGUCAAGCCGCAAGCACUCACACUGAGCACACACCACCCUCACACAGCUCUCCUGCUACUGUCACCCAGUGGUCCAGCAGCCUGUUCCACAUCCCUGCCCUUCAGGCCAGCACAAGGAAACUAUGGUUUCAGUGGCAAAAUAAAAACAUUUGCAUCAA